AUGUAUGCACGCGUGAACGUGUACGUGCAGGAUGAUCCACCUUUCAGAACUCGUUUGGCUGUGCCACCCGAUUACGAGAACGUGGCGGACUUCAUGUGCGAGGCGUACUACAAACACGAGCCGACAGUGCUCAACAUCGGUCUCGGCGGCACAGAAGCGCCACCAAUCUGGAGGAGCAUGAUGCUGGAGCAAGUGAGCGCCGGUUAUUCCAUCAUCGCCGAGAAUCGUGACAACUGUAUAAUCGGCGCCGCGUUAAAUUGCAUAAUCGGUUGCAACGAAUCGAAAAAGCUGUGCAAAUUGUCGCGAUGCUGCGACGACGGACCGAUUCGCGACAUCAUCGAGUUCUUCGCUUUCGUGAUCGACGCGCCUAAAAUCUGGCAACGUUUCCCCGUCGAGAACGUGGCGUUCGAGCAGGCCAGCUUAGCGGUGGACUGUGAUUAUCGAAGGUUAGGAGUUGCCAAGAGAUUGCUCCAGGAAAGUUGGCACCUGUCACGCGACUGCGGCUACCGUUUGUUCAGGCUCGACUGCAAUAACAGCUAUUGCGCGAAGAUAGCUCAACAAUUAGGAUGGCAGAUGGUUUGGAGUAUGCCGUUUUGCCAGUACGUCAGCAACGGCAGAGUUGUGUUCCAACACGUCCAACAGCCACAUUCUGAGUGCCGCGUUUACAUUGCUCUGUCUCCCUCACGAAAACUGUAAAACUAGUUCACGUUCUGCAUCGUUUUCACAUUGAAAGAACAAAAAAAUUG